AUGAUACUCUUUGAUCCAUUGACGAAGACGAAUAUCUUUCAUUCUGACCUUGUCACGAGACACUUGGCUGCGAACUUCUUCCUCGUCGGUCUUGCUACCACGCUCGUUGCGCUGCGGUUCGUUGUGAGACGAAUCUGCAGGACCAAGGUAUGGUGGGAUGAUUUCGCCGCGGUGGGCUCACUGAUCUUCACUUUCGGCCUGCUCGGAAUACAGAUCACAGAUGCAAAUUACGGAAUGGGUUACCACGUCAUUGAGAUACCCAUUGCGAACAGCAUCUUCCUAGUCAAGGUGCUCCUAGCCUUCCAAGCUGUGUACUUCGCCGCAAUCUCCACCAUCAAGCUAUCCUGCCUCUUAUUCUACCUACGCCUAUUCUCGCUACGCGAACACCGUAUAUGGGUCUGGAUAUGCAUGGGCAUAAUCCCUUUGUUCUGGUUGGGUGGUACGCUCCAAGUUUUCCUCUUGUGCACGCCUUUCAAGGCGAGCUGGGACCCCAUCCUGUCUCCAACGCACUGCGCAAACUCCAACGUGGCAUUCGUUACGAUGGGUAUUUUCAACAUGCUCUCAGAUCUGAUGAUUAUGUUGCUGCCUAUACCGUUCAUUCGAAAACUACAAAUGACUCGUGCUGCAAAGUUUGGAUUGAUAGCGAUCUUUGGUAUAGGUCUCUUUGUCACAGCCAUCACUCUCAUCCGUAUCGUCGUCCUCCUUCGUGUCUCGGCCAACGUCCUCAACCUCCCCUACGUAAUGACCGAUGCGGUGUUCUGGUCCGUCGCCGAGCCUGCUGUAGCUAUCAUCAAUUGCUGCAUCAUGACCCUGCGCCCGCUACUCAGACUGAUAUCGCCUGCCCGUCUCUGGACUUCUAAUAGAGUCAACCCGCUGGACGAAGCGAGCCAUCCUGCAACCAUUGGCACGGGAUCUAAGCUGAGAAACCAGAUUGAAGAUGAGAAUGACGAGUACCCAGUUACUCUGAUAGAGGAUGGGGUGGCAGACAUGAUGAUUGGGCGUGUGGACAGUGGGGCGCACCGGGGUAUGCAUGGCUAUGCCGGUAGUGAGAAGAGUGGCAACAACGUGCCAAGCAUGAACGAUGUAUCGAACUAUCUAGGUAGAGAUUGA